CUGGGCGCGAAGCCCCCUCCCCGCGCCCCUCCCGCCGCGCUGCAGACGCGCGCAGGUGCGUGAGGCCGCGCCCGCCCGGGGCCUUGCCGAAGCGGGCCCGCCAUGGAGCACAUCCGCACGCCCAAGGUCGAAAAUGUCCGCUUGGUAGAUCGAAUAUCUUCUAAAAAAGCGGCCCUAGGUACUUUGUAUUUGACGGCAACUCAUGUCAUAUUUGUGGAAAACGCACCUGACACAAGAAAAGAAACAUGGAUUCUUCACAGUCAGAUUUCCACCAUUGAAAAACAGGCAACAACUGCUACCGGGAGCCCUCUGCUUAUUCGCUGCAAGAACUUCCAGCUGUUACAGCUCAUCAUCCCGCAGGAACGAGACUGCCAUGAUGUGUACAUCUCUCUGAUACGCCUUGCGAGGCCAGUGAAAUAUGAAGAGUUAUACUGCUUUUCAUUCAACCCCAAGCUGGAUAAAGAAGAAAGAGAACGGGGCUGGAUGCUGAUCGAUCUCGGUGAAGAGUACAAGCGAAUGGGCCUCCCUAAUGAUUAUUGGCAGCUCAGCGAUGUGAAUAGAGACUACAGAGUUUGUGAUUCUUACCCUACUGAACUGUAUGUUCCCAAAUCGGCCACGGCACACAUCAUUGUGGGGAGUUCCAAAUUCCGGAGCAGACGGCGAUUUCCUGCCCUUUCUUACUACUAUAAAGAUAACCACGCCUCCAUCUGCCGAAGCAGCCAGCCCCUGUCCGGCUUCAGCGCCCGGUGCCUCGAGGACGAGCAGAUGCUCCAGGCCAUCAGGAAAGCCAAUCCGGAAAGCGACUUCAUUUACGUCGUGGACACCCGGCCCAAACUCAAUGCGAUGGCAAAUCGUGCCGCAGGGAAAGGCUAUGAGAACGAAGACAACUACUGCAAUAUCAAGUUUCAGUUUAUCGGGAUAGAGAACAUCCAUGUCAUGAGGAGCAGUCUGCAAAAAAUGCUGGAAGUGUGUGAACUGAAAUCUCCCUCAAUGAGUGACUUUCUGUGGGGACUGGAGAACUCGGGCUGGUUAAGGCACAUCAAGGCCAUCAUGGAUGCAGGGAUCUUCAUCGCGAAGGCAGUUUCAGAGGAAGGGGCGAGCGUGCUUGUUCACUGCUCGGACGGCUGGGACAGGACUGCCCAAGCGUGCUCAGUGGCCGGCCUCCUGCUGGAUCCGCAUUACCGGACUCUGAGGGGCUUUAUGGUAUUAAUUGAAAAGGACUGGAUUUCCUUUGGUCAUAAGUUUAAUCACAGAUAUGGCAAUCUAGAUGGUGAUCCAAAAGAAAUCUCUCCAGUUAUUGAUCAGUUCAUUGAGUGUGUCUGGCAGCUAAUGGAACAAUUUCCCUGUGCCUUUGAGUUCAAUGAGAGAUUUCUGAUUCACAUUCAACAUCACAUUUAUUCCUGCCAGUUUGGAAACUUCUUAUGUAAUAGCCAAAAGGAGCGACAAGAGCUCAAAAUUCAAGAAAGAACAUACUCUUUAUGGGCUCACCUGUGGAAGAAUCGGGCUGACUAUAUGAAUCCUCUAUUUAGAGCUGAUCACAGUCAGACCUGGGGAACACUUUGUCUCCCCUCAACGCCAUUCAACUUCAUGUACAAGUUUUGGAAUGGGAUGUACAAUCGCUUUGAAAAGGGACUGCAGCCCCGACAGUCUGUUACGGAUUACCUUAUGGCAGUGAAGGAGGAGACCCAGCAGCUGCAGGAAGAACUAGAGGCCCUGGAAGAAAGGCUGGAAAAAAUUCAAAAAGUCCAGUUGAAUCACACUAAAGUGAAGAGUAAGCAGAGUGAGCCCAGCAAACACUCAGGGUUUUCCACCUCAGACAACAGCACAGCCAACACUCCUCAGGAUUACAGUGGAAAUACGAAAUCAUUUCCAUCCAGGAGCCCUUCCCAAGGUGAUGAGGAUUCUGCUCUCAUUCUACCCCAAGACAAUUUGAAAAGCUCAGAUCCAGAUCUGUCGGCCAACAGUGAUCAGGAGUCUGGGGUGGAGGAUUUGAGCUGCCGGUCCCCAAGUGGUGGGGAGUGUGCACCCAGUGAAGACAGUGGCAAGGACCGUGACUCGGAUGAAGCGGUGUCUCUCACCGCCUGA